CGGAGGCAUGGUAAGGCCCACACGCUAGGUUUGCUAUCCUACCGAGCACCAGUGGCAGGUUCUGUCGCUUACGGUUACUUGCGAGGGAUGGAUAGCCCGACGGGUCGCCCGCGCGGACUUGCUUCACGUAUUCGUCGGCCAUCAUGAAACCUUACACUCUCCGAAUCGAAGUGCCUGUCUGCAGAAUUUUCGCGCCCAAAUGCCGCUGCGCCCAGUGGUGUUGCUCAGCCGGAUUUCGCCCCUCCCGCUUAGGACAGACGCGGAGACGAGAGUAAUGGCGGCUUCUGAAAACGAAUGGCCGCUGCUAACGCGUGGAACGCGUGUCUCGCCCUGCAGGAAAAAGCAGAAUCUUCAUGCCUUGAGAAUUUUAACGUGAUGGUGCUUGUGUAUGUACUUGGAAACAUCCGUAGAAGUCUUCGCCCUUCCAGUACGCUCCGUGCAUCGGAUUGUGUGUUAUGUGCAUUGUAAUUCCGACUUUCGUCCCCGAAUUUGUGAUUAUGGUGACCAAUCGUCAUUGAAGUGUGAUGAUCAUGUAAUGAAUCCUCUUGAAAGGAGCUCUCGGUCGUUUCGUCAAUUGUGUUGAGCCGUGUCGAGAUCAUGGGUUGGCCCAUCAGCUCUGGGGAUGAAACUCCGGAAACGACGCUUUCGUCUUCGUCUUGCGAGGACGACGACGUUGGUGAUAUGAAGUGGGAGUUGUCAAAUGAAUCGGACUGUGGAGAUGAAAAUGCUGUGACCAUCUCGGUUCAUCCCACCACGGGAGGUGAAUUCACGAUUCAGGUUACCAUAACCGAUUCGGUUGACACGCUGAAGAAGGUGGUGUCGCACAGGCUGAAAGUUCCGAAGGAAAGGAUUAGCUUGUUGUAUCGGGAUCGGUUGCUGAGGGAAGGAACAUUGAAUGACAACCUUGUUGUCGAGGGAGCGAAAAUUAUACUGUUACCCAGCGUGGAAGCAGGUCUAUUGACGAUGCGCCCUGAGCAAAGUAUAAUGCAGGCUCUGGAAAGUCUCAACGAAUCUCAGGUCAGCGAUUUUCUGUCCGGCAAGGCGCCAUUAAAUCUUACGAUGAGACUUGGGGAUUACAUGAUGAUCAUUCAGCUUCAGCUGAGCCCGAAUUCUGGAUCCUCGACAACUUCUGGUUCAAAUUUGAUUCAGAGGAAGUCAUCACCGGAGGCUAGACAAGCGGGAGCGAAACCAAAAGCUCGUCUCGUGAAUGAGGAACUUCCCCUGGAACUGGGUGAAGUUUGUAAACCAAAUCAGGAAUGUUGUGAUUGUGUCAAAGACGCUUGUGUUAGUUCAGGGAAAGAGCCGGAAUCUUCCGGAGCGAAUUCGUCAGAUGCAAACGAAGGAACCGGUGAAACGAACGGACUGGCUGAUGCGUCAUGGAAUCUCACUCAGACGCUGCAUCAGUUUUUGACCGAAGUGUUCCGGACUGCUACCUCGGGGAGAUGUUGCGUUCCCCAGCAAAGAAAGAAAUCCGGAGCGUCGGGCUGUCCCAAGGUUCAGAAGAACGGUUCUCCUGAUUCCUGUAAACCAAGCUCGGUGAGAUGUCCUGUACCCGCUCAAGCAACCCGAGCUUUCCAGGACGAAGCGUCGUCAUCUGCUGCAUCUGAACCGAAGAACCUUGAAUCAGGAAAGCGAGAUGAAUGCCACAAACCGUCAUCUUCAACCUCUUCUGCCAGCGAUCCGGUGGUUAAUCAUCAAGCAGUAAUUGACAAGCUGCGACACCAUGGUUUCGGAGUGUACUCUGGAACGUUCGCUGGUACCUUGAACCCAUCGCUUCAAGAUACCCAAGGAAAACCCUGGCCAGGAAUCGCUACCAUAAUUCACAUACUCAAUGAUUUGCUGUGUGCCAACCCUCAGUUGAGCUCAUUUUGUGAUCAUAGUAAACGGAAAAGUGGGGAUCAUGAAGACCGUGCUGCCCCGACUCCGGCUAAAAGAGUCAAGCUUGAUCCUUCCGUGUCAAAAGAAUCUACUGAAGGGCGUUUUCCAGGUCCUGAGCAAAUGGCAAUUGAAAAUGCCAUAACACGUUCUAAAGUUGAGGCUCUACGACAAUCUUUGUCAGCUCGUAAAUCUCGUAAAGCGCUUCGGAAAGGCGGCCUUUUCCCGCAUUGCAAGGACCAUUCUGUUACGGACACUGACCCGUUCUUGACUGGUGAAAAUGUGAAAUCAUGAUCGGAAAAGCGCAUCUGCUAUGUACAGGUGGAUCGAAAAGUGGUUGGAGAGAACAGUGAAACGGACUAUCCCGAAACGGUUGCGGCGCAGUGAUGUUGAGUGAUGCUUUCGGUGCAACUUAUUGUAAAUGCUGUAUGAUGGGUCCGUCGGCGCACGAGAAGUGCUGUGAAUUUCCAAAUUCGUUACCUCAUAUGAAGCGAACAGGACUAGAAGCCAUCAGCAGAUUCUAAAGAAUUCCGCAUUUGACAGGGCGUACCCAGUUGCGCACAGGUUCUUCUGCAUUUCCCAUGACCAUGCAAACGUGACUGUGAAAAUCCGGGCUUCGGGUGCUGUGUUGAUUUACCGUAAACGUUCUUGUUAAAAUUCCUCCUCGUAACUGUGAUAAUGAGCUAGAACCUCGACAAGAAUUGUUUUCUUGCAAAAUUUGUUGAUACAUGCUACAAUUUAUUUUGUUUUUGAGAUCGACCGUUCUUCCAAAGCCUUUAGUCGAUGGAUCUAGGGUUGUUUUUGGAAACAGCUCUGCUGUAUCUUUUGACUUGUGGAUAAUACAUCGUCUUUACAAAAAAA